AUGGAUCAAGGGAAUUUCUUCAGAAAGGCGCUGCAGCGAGCUGAUGGUCCGAGCAUGGGACUCUGGCAGAUGGUGCCUGGCGCUAAUAUGUCCCGCGCCCUUGCCCGCGUGCCAGGGAUCGACUGGGUGGUGAUCGACUGUGAGCACGGUAAUCUCGAUGACAGCGCUAUGCACGACGCGGUCCCUGCUGUUGCUGCAGCUGGUGCAUCUCCGAUAGUGAGGAUCCCUGGUAUGGAAUCGUGGAUGAUCAAGAGAGCUUUGGACACGGGUGCCCAUGGAAUCCUGGUACCUUUGCUUCGCACUGCGCAAGAGGCCAGAGAAAUUGUCAAGGCGGCCAAGUUCCCUCCACAAGGCACGCGCGGAUUCGGCUCGCCGUAUGCAAUGGAACGAUUCAGCCCCAUGCCAACAAUGACCGAGUAUCUCCAGCAAGCGAACAGCAGUCUUCUUACUAUAGUACAAAUCGAAACCCAAGAGGCCCUUGAUAACUUGGAAGAGAUUGCCGCUGUUGACGGUGUUGAUGUACUAUUCGUGGGACCAUUCGAUUUAGGGAACAAUAUCGGCCAUCCUAUCAUACAAGGCGUCUUUAAACCACAAUUGACAGAUGCGCUUGCACGUGUGCUGGGGGUGAGCCACAAGUUUGGCAAGAAAUGUGGAAUCUACAGUACGUCUGGCAAGCAAGCGAGAAAAUAUGCCGAAGCUGGGUUCGAUAUGAUUCAUGUGGCGACUGACUUCACAUCGUUGCAAUUCAUUAUGGCGCAGGAGGUUGAUAUUGCUAAAGGAAGAGAGAGUACCGAAAAGGGCGGUAGUUACUAA